AUGUCAGCUUUUCAGCGCCAUAUGGUACAUUUCGCUACACCCUCAAAUCCAUACGUCAUAACUUUAGGCUCAGGCCUCAGAGGCUCUCUUGCCCUCGGCCUAAACUUUCCUAUCUCUUGUCUCUUGAGCUUGGCCCUACGUAUCAUGUACUCCCCAUUUCCGUGGACAUCACCUAUUUCCAUCGCAUCGAUACCUACGCCGAAACAUCGCACACAGCUGGAGCAUGUGCAGCUCUAUCAGGCCGAAUAUUCAUGUACGGAUCUCUUGAGGUUGUAUGCCCUCCAGGAACAUGAUGCCAAAUCACGGAGUAGCAUCGAAAAUCUAGCUGCGUCGCUGAUCGACAGGGGCCAUAUCAUCGGCUUUUGGGUCAUGGCCGCAAAUGCCAGCACGCACAAGGUCUUUCGUGAAGAUGUUGAGCAGUUUCAACGCGGUGACUGGGAGAAAGAUGUGGUUAAGCGAAGGCAAGGCGUGCAUGACAUUCUACCGUUUUGGAGAGGCGGGCCACUCUUUGUUAGCGGACAUAGUUGGGCCGUUGCAAAAUUGUUUGGUGUGCAAGUUUACGACACGAACAUUCUUUCAAAGGAGAAGAAGAUCAGAUGA